AUGCUCUCCAACAUUUGCUCUUCUGGAAACUGUGGUUUCCCCUCUCGUGGGAGUCACUGUUAUGUUCCUGUUCCCUCAUCCACUAUUGUCUACACUGCUGGCAUGAACUGCGGUACUGCUCUCUGCUUGCCCAGCCAAAACAGAAAGUGGCUUCUGGACAACUUCUCAGAGACAUGCGGUCAACCUUCCAGCUACCUGCCAUCCAGCUGUGUGCCCACAGACAGCUACCCCUCCACUAUGCACUGUGCCUCCAGGCCCUGCAGAAAAACUGGUUUGUUUCCCAUCGGCUCUUAUCUCUCCAGUUUCUGUCAACCGUCAAUGCAUAAUAGACCUCAGAACUGUUUGUCUAGUCAUCCCCGACCCCAGAACCACCUCUCCUAUGGCUAUUAGCCACAGAACCUCAUCCCCUGUGGGUAUCGACCACUGAAUUUUGUGUCCAGCCCCUGCCACCCUGUGAGAUGUCUCUCCUAUGGCUGUCAACCUUUUGGUUAUGUGUCCAGCAGCUUCAGACCCCUGGACCACGUGUCUAAGAGAUUUCAACCUGUUCACUACAUACAGAACAGUUCCCAACCAGCUUGUUCUUCCUUUCGGACUUCACAAUCUCCAUUUAUUAGAAGAUCAUGCUGA